GUGAAGAGGAAGGGUACCCAAGAAAGCCAGCAGGUAGAAGUAAACAAACCCGCGCCACGCCUCCCAUCCCAUCCAGAAGCAGCAUUACCGUGGAAGGCUGAUGAGUGCAGCAGUACACUAUUAUAAGAUCACGAUGGAAGCUGUUAUACUCUCACCCCUUUGCUACUGAGAAUGAUAUCAACACAUCCUCCCCUCAAUAACUCGGCUGAACCCCGCGGCCGCCAACUCAAGCCAUCCCUGGUGACCUGCACAUCCCUGGGCCGUGGUGCCAUGGCCCGCCCAGCCCCCUAAAACACUGGAGGGGACAAUUAAUAUAAGAGUCCAGUAGUGCACAAAGGAUGGCUUCAACAUCACUGAAACCACCUGCUGUAGAUGAGGCAAAAGAGAGGUCAGUACAGUCACCAUCUAUGGCUGGUGCAGAUCACAGUGAACAGUUAUUACAAGGAGAGGGAAGUGCAACUGAAGUUGGGGAAGUGGAAGAUAAUAACAAGUUGGUCAUGGACAGUUUAGUGAACCCUCCCCUACCAGCUGAACUAGGAGAGGCAGAAUGUGCAGUGCUUCGUGGGGAUGCUAUUGGUUCCACUGCAUACACGCACCGCUGGGUCCUCAACACUCUACUAACCAUCACAGAGGCAUUGCCACAGUAUUUGGCCACCAGUGAUAAAUGUAUGAAAACUGAUAGCAAAAAGGUUGUAGAGAGUGAGGAGUCUAAUAUGGAGCAUUUUGAACAACAGGUAACCAACCAGGAGUCCAGCCAUCCAAAUGUCAAUGCCAUAGUAGAGCUUGCAGAGGAUGUUGAAAAUGCAGCAUGUCAGUUGUGGGACAUGACUGCUGAGCCUGAUGUGGUGUCUUAUUUGCUGAACUUGAAUGUGGUGGAUGUCCUGCAGCUGGCCAAGGAUAUCAUCACACUCUCUAGAGCACCACGUCUCACUGAAGUUGUGGUUGGUGUAGUUGCCAACCUAUGUUGUCAGGCUGAGGGUUGUGAAAAAGUUGUUGAGAGUGAGAUCCUCCUGCCCUCCUGCUUGGCCAUCUUACAUACAACCGAUGAUGUUCCUACCCUGGUGGAAGCCUUCCGUCUUCUGAAGCUUCUGCUGUGGCAUGCCACAUAUCGAGUACCUGUGGAGAAGCGCUGCCGGUACCCAUUGGUUACUGCACUCAAAAGUCAUGAGUCUAUGAAGGAGGCUCUUGUGUUUAUGCUUAAAAACAGUUUGAGUGAUAACCUUUUGAAUGCAGUAUUUGAGUUCCUGGAGGCCUUGCUAUAUCUAUGGCUGCCACUUGACCAGUGCUAUAUGGCUGCACACUAUUCAGAGUCUGGUCUAAUUGAGGGAGUGGUUGAGGUGAUGAGACACUUCAUGAAGGAGUGGGAAAAAGGUGGAGGACAAGAGGAGCCAGCUGCUGUCAGUCGAGGGAUUCUUAUCCUUUACAGCUUUGUAGCCACGCCAGCAGUCCACACCAUAAGUAGCUUUGACCAGUAUGAAUCACUUCUGGAACCAAUCUUGGUUAGGUAUGUUGAACACUUAGCCAAAGUGGAAAAAGUGGAGGAAUUGUAUGAAGAGGAAAGAUCAGAGAAGCUGGUGUAUGCAUUAGGUCUGUGUGAGCUGUUGGUGCCAACCAUGCGACACCCAGGCAUUCUGUUGCAUGUUGGCAAACUGUUGGCUCUCACACAUGGGGCCAGUCACCAUUAUGUUGCUGUUCAAAACAAGGAUUUGCAAGGAUCACAAAACAAGACGGAAGAGAGAUCAAGGAAUAGAUCGGGGAAAAGGCAUCGAAGACAUAGCAGUGCACAUAAAAGGCGCAGCUCUUCAACGGAGGUGAAUCAUAUGGAAACAGAUUGUUCAGUUUCAUUAGAUUCAAAUGUAUCUACAAGUGGUGAACAAGCAGUAAAAGAACAUUGUAAAAGGGAGAAAGAAAACAAAGAAAAAGACUGUAAAACUAAGGUCUUGGGCUCUACAGUGAGUAGUGAUAUUCAAAAGGGAAGUGUAAAUGUAACCACCAGCAUUAGACAAGAAAGUGGAGAAAAAGAUACAAAAGGUAUCUCAAGCACUUUAAAGGAAAGCUUAGCAGAUUAUUGUGUACGUGUGGUAAGGUGCUGCCCGGACCUGUGUGCUGUAUUAACUACUGUAAAUGAGUGCCAUGUACAUGAGGUUGAGCUUUUCUUCCAGGCUGUGAGGUUGCAUGAGCCAACUUUAGUUGGUCAGCUUCAGGAACAAUUACUGGACUCAGGCUCUCAUAAUAGAUUGGUAACUAUACUGUCUGACAUGUAUGCUUGAUAAUUACAGGUAAGAUAAUAUAAAGGAACAGUAGGCAGUUACCUGUAAAUUCAUGCCUUGAGAAUGUAAUGAACUGGGCACAAUUUGUACUUUUGGUUCCUGAUUCAUUCUCAUGUCAUCCAGUUUGCUGUACAAAUCUUUCACUCCAGGCUAUUGGUUGUCAGCUCUUACUUCCUUUAGAUCAGUUCCACAGUCUUUCUUCAAAUCUGGCUAUCUUUUAUGUCAUCCCUGCUUGCUUUUGCCACCAAUUUUACUGCUUUAGAUUUUCCUUAACACUUCUCCAUUCUUCAAGUGUUUAAUGUCAUCAAGUCUAAUUUCCACAGUUUAUGAUUGGCAUAUCACAAUUUUUAUGUGUGUAUAGUAACAUAAAGCUGAGACUGGUUGGAUGAUUAUUGACAAUGAUAAAUUUUAAAUUAUUGUAUUUUUUUUUCAAAAUAAUGGUUACUUAUACUCUCUAUUUAAAAAAUGGUAGGGAAAUUUAAUAAUUCUCUAACAAAUCAUUGUAAGGAUUUUGGUUUUAUGUAGAUACCAUAAUUCCUCCCAUAUCCAACAUAAUUGGGCCAUCAGACCAUCCAGAUGCAGAAGAAAUCCAGAUAUGGAACAAUAUCUGGAUAGACCUUACCGACAAAAUAUGUACAGUCAUUAGUACCCCUUUUUUACCAACUGCAUCCCCUGCACACCACCCACCUCCCACACUGAAUUUUACACCUGCUCUGCCUAUUUUCAUAGGGGUAGAUUAUAUUCAUCUCUAUACCCUAAUUUACUAAAUAACUAACAAAUAGGGAGCUUAUACCCAGGAACACAUCGGUACACUCACUCGCUGCCUAUACAGUAAACCCUCGAUAUAAUGGACCCGCUUAUAGCGGAUUUUGGAUAUAACGGACAAGGUCAGCCGGUCAGAAAUUCAUGGGGACCGACCAAGAAUAGUUUUUGAACCACCUGCCUCCGGUAACUUCAAUAGCUUCUGCUAGCCACCUGACCCUCCUCCCUUUAUCUGCUGCCCCAUUCUUCGGUUACCGUAGUCUUUUUCAGCCCACCUGAUGAAAUGUUUUCCUCUUCGUGGUCUCCAUUCAAAUGAAAAAUGUAUUUAUACCACAAGAAAGUGUUAUGCAUCAAUCCAGGACGUAAGUGUAAGGGAAAAUAGCCAAGUGUUUGUGAGUGUCGGUACUGACACAAAUUAAGGGGGUCGAGGGGUUUCUAAGCCCCCAGUUAAGUAGGUUAGGUUAAGUUAUGUUUGGUUAGUAAAUUUAUUCAGAACGCUGUGUGGGGUAAGGAAAUACGCAGCUCGGGACAGGACAUGGAGGCAACGUGUGUGGUCCAAUUCGUGAGCUGGUGUUGCGAGAAAUACCUACCUCCUUGCAGAAAUAAGUCACUCUGCUGUCCGUCGUGCAUGUGCACUGUGGGAAUACACUGUAGGAAAAACAUUAAUUUGCCUGGUUUUGUUCUAGUUUGUCCACUUGUGAUCUUUCUGAGUGGUGAGUGAAAUGUAGAAACAGUAAGCAAGUUGAACAUCUCUCUCUGCGAGUUAUUUUGCGGCUGCAGCUGCAGGCUGUGCCAGGUGUAACACAGGCAUUAAAAAGUCAGUCAAUUAAUGAUUUGUGACAGAAACAGUUAACAGAUUAUUUUAUAACACCCC